GUUAACUAUAUUAAAAUAUUUAUAUUAGUUAUAAAGCUAAUAACUUAUAAGGCUUUAUUUAUAAUAAUAGCUGCCCUAGACUUAAAGAUUAAGCAGAUAGAUAUUAAAAUAGCAUUCUUAUAUAAUAAGGUAAAUAAAGAUAUAUAUAUUAAGUAA